AUGCGCUCAGCCAUUCCCAUUCUAAUUUGCUGCUUGUAUGCACUUAGCGCUGUCGACGCCACACCCUUUCCAAAUGGAGGAAAUGCCGAAGUUCAGCAAGGUAUAGUCAAGGCUGCAGAACCUCAACAACUUUGGACCGAAGACAAGAGUGACGUCGAUUAUAAUGAUGAGGACGAGGAUGGAAAAGGUGGCAAUGGUGGCCACAACGGCGAUGAAUGUGCUACCCGUUUGGUUUCCAUCUUAAUUGGAUCUAGCACCUUAGCCAUUCCCUGCUUGGGAACCGGUUCUAUAGUGAAUCUUAACGGUCUUCUUGCCGGUGCCCUUCCUUCACUUUUCCCUUCUCCAUCCCCUUCUUCUUCUUUUGCUAGCUCCUCUGCUGUUUCAAGCCCUGCUUUUUCCAGCUCUGAUGUUUCCAGCUCUGAUGUUUCUAGCUCUGAUGUUUCCAGCUCUGAUACUUCUACCACCUCUGACACUACUACUACUACGACUACGACUACGACUACGACUACCGAUGAUGUUGGCGGCCCUCCCACCACUACUACCACUACCGAUACUACCACUACUACCACUACCGAACCUACCACUACUGAACCUACCACUACCACUACUACCACUACUACCACUACUGAACCUACCACUACCACUACUACCACUACUGAACCUACCACUACCACUACUACCACUACCACUACCACUACUCAUACUGAACCUUCUCAUACCGAACCUUCCCAUACCACUACCCAUACCGAACCUUCCCAUACCACUACUCAAACCGAACCUUCCCAUACUACCCAUAGCACCCCUCACGGAGAGGCAUAG